AUGAAGCAUUUCAUAAACAUGAGCAAUUAUUUGACCGACACACCGGGAAGUAUGGAAGCUGCUCCAAGCAAAAAUGCAGCCAAAAUUAAAAGAAAUUCCAACGAAACAUCAGCCGAUUCAAGUUCCGCUCAUAGGCCACAAAACAUAAAAUUGUUGUUCAACGCGUUUCAAAAGUAUGGUGCUCAAAACCCAGAAGAAAUAUCGAAGAUACUGCAGCACCUACCCUGUCUGGAUGAAUAUGUGAACGAUUUUGCCAUAAUGAGUGAGGAGCGUGUGCUGGCCAAGAUGCAAAACAGUCCCGAAUUUGCGCAGUGUGCGUCGUGGAGCGAGGUUAUGGAUUCCGUGGGAUUCCGGGACACAUGCAACAAUGAGCUCCCGUUGGCGUUGCGUACCAUUGCAUACACGGAAAAGUUUCCCAAACCGGAAAACGCAAACGGUGUUGACUUUCAGCUGCUGUACCUGAACCUGGCGAACAUGAUGAUGGGACAACCGAUAAUGCUAAUGAAUCACAACACACAGAAAGUGCUGAAACAGGUGUAUGAGGAAACCGUUUUACAAACAUCACAGUCGGAUCAAAAAGAAGAAAUUGCCAUACUGCACGAAACACUGAAAACGAUGCGAAAACCGGUACCGUCCGACGAUGAUCCGAGAACAAUGACCGACCUGAGGCUUUUCUUUGCCGAUCCCAACAUUAACCCGUUCCGACUGCCAAUCGAUCGGAUAUGUUCCAACCAUCCGUAA